AUGAACAUCUGCACCUAAAAUCUGGUUUGAUACAAAGUCACAUUCCUGGUACUCUCAGUGGGAUUUCCUCAUCUUCUCCAACUAAAUGACUCGCACAUAGGUAGCGUCACACACACGCGAGAACUUGUCAGCCCGCAGUGGGCCAUAUCCACGUGACGGUGGUCCCGCGUGCAAGUUGCCCGGGACGUCACCGCCACGCCAGCCUGCUCAGGGCCCGGGACGCUUGCGCCACCGUCGGCAGCUGCUCCGGUCCUGCAGCCGGGCACGCUGUGACCCCGCAGGGUUGCGCUGACCCCGGGGUCGGGGCAAUCACGAAGCUCCCCGCCACUUGGGCGCCAAGUAAAGUGGGGGAGACCCUUCCUGUCUCGAGGCUGGUGGGGAAGCAGGAGGAGGUGGGGGUGGCAGAGCCCCGGCCCGGCCCGGCCCGGCCCGGGUGGAGGUUCUGGAGAGGUGCUGAGCAGCUGCUCCAGUCGCCGCUGCUGCAAGACAGUGUCGGGCCGGGGGCUCGGCGCCCCAGGGCGGCCCGGAGGAAGGGCCGAGCGCAGAGCCCGAGCGCGGAGACGGGCGGCGAUGUCAGCCUUCCGGAGGCCGAGGCCAGGCGGCUGGUGCGCGGCUCGGCGGUGGGGCCGACCGAGGCCCGCCAGAGGAAGCCGCCGCGGGACGGCUGAGGCGGGCUGGGCGCAGAGGGCACCGCCCCAAGGCGGGCUUAGGUCGGUGCUGCUCUCCGGGGCCAGGAGUGGCCGAGGAAGGAGGGCUUUGCAGCCGCGAGGGGGCGUGGAGCGUGGGGCGUGAGCGUGGGGCGUGACGCCUGGCUCCCCCUCCGCGCGCGGCCAGGCCCGGCUGGGGAGCGCGCGGGGCGGCGGGGGUUGUGUAACCGUCCUGACUUUAGAGCGCGCUGCCCUCCUGGCCUCGCCGCCCCGGGAGGGACGGGGGAUCAAUCCCCUGUUCCGAGAUCCGAUCGCUUCAUCCUCAGCCCUUUGAGCUGCGGCGGGGCGGGCGCGGUUCGGCCUGGGCCCGAGGAGCCGGGAGGUUGGCGCCGGCUCCGCGGCUUAGCGCCCCCCUCCCCCCAGGAGAUCGCGGCCCGGGUUACCAAAAGGCUCAGUGGUCUUGAGAACUCGCCAGGCCGCCUGGGCUGUGGGACAGCUCAGAGUCCAAGCCGAGCUCCGCAUCCUCUGCCGCGCGUGGGAAGCAGGCUCGGGGAGCAGGCUCCUGACCCCACCUGGCUCGGCGUCGCUUCCUUAAGCUUGUUUGGCGCAGUCUGUUCCGCUGAGUUCACCACAGUGCAAGAAUGGUGUUGGGACAUCUGAGAGGCCACACCUGCACUCAGGGUCCUGUCUACUCGGGAAAGUGGGCAACAGUCCUGGAGGACCUGGAGGCCCAUCCUUGUUAGGCAGGACUCAGACCACUGGGACGCCCCUGCGUAUCCGAGCUCAUGGUUACGCGUAGUGCAGACGAGGUGUGUGGGAAGACUUCCCUGCCCGAUUGUUCCUCCGUCUCCCUGGUGACACUGCCACCCUGGCCUUGCAAGAAGAAAGUUUCCACAGACUCAGAUGUCUAGCAUUUCUGGUAUCUGGCCGCCAGGCCAUCUAAUUCCAGAGCAAGGCACUCAGUGCUCCUGGCUGCCAGAGCCCCAAGCUGGUAAUUUCAGGGAAGGGGAUGCCCUUUACAGACACCCCCGCCCCGUGCCGCCUUUGGCUGGGAUGGGCUUAAAUUAAGAACUUACCUUUGUGAACUUCUUACACAAAGCCCCCGAGGAAUCUCUGACCAGCUACCAAGGACAGGAAGUUACUUUGCAACUCCAAGGUGAAUGUUCAUAAAAAAUGUUCAUAAACACUGUAUCAACCCUGGUUUCCUGAGCUCAGAGUAGCUUCCUGGGCAUAAAGGGAUGUCCCAGUGCAGGCUCAGAGCACGGCCGCCUUCCCGCACCAGGCACAGGGCUCUCCAGCAUUGCUUUACUGCAGAGUCCACUGAACUUCAUCAAGGGCACGAAGAGCCCAGGGCCAAGGAGCGGCUGCAUCAGGAUGCGCUACUUCCCCUAAUCCUGCCAGACUGUGCCUCGCCCACGUCCUCGCCACGCACCACGGGUCUAGGAGGGCCUGGGGUGUGUGUGGGCUCAGAUGGCCCAGCGCCUGAGGGGUGUGUGGGUGCGGAUGUGGUGUCCCCUGGCUCUGCACCACACUAUUGGCUGGCCCGGAGUCCUUGCGCCUAGAUAUCUAGACCUGGCCUCUGCCAGGCAUCGCCACUGCCAUGCCUCUGAGGCUACCUGCCUCCUGCCUGCUCCUGCUCCUGCUGGCUGGCCUGGUGCAGCCGGACCCCAGGCCCAAAGCCAUGAAGAUGGACUGCUUCAAAGACGUGGAUGACACCAUCUUCAACUAUGAGGCUGUCACCCUCGGCAGGAAGGAGCUUGUCCACUUCUCCCAGUUCGCGGGCAAGCUCAUCCUGGUCGUCAACGUGGCCACCUACUGCGGCCUCACCUCGCAGUACCCGGAACUGAAUGCCCUCCAGGAGGAGCUCAAGCCCUUUGGCCUGGUGGUGCUGGGCUUUCCCUGCAACCAGUUCGGAAAGCAGGAACCCGGAGACAACAGUGAAAUCCUUCCUGGGCUCAAGCACGUGCGUCCAGGGGGAGGAUUCGUCCCCAAUUUCCAGCUUUUCGAGAAAGGGGAUGUGAAUGGUGAAAACGAACAGAAAAUCUUCACCUUCUUGAAGGUGAGUGACUCCCUAGCAGGCCUCCUGUACGGAUUGUUCUUAGUGCAGAGCUGGCAUGGGGGAAGCGACCUGGGUGGCACCAGGAGUGGCAUUUUGGAUUCCGCCCCUGCGACCCUGGGCCCUGCUCUGUGGGAUGAAGGGAAGGGGGGCAGCUGUCCCGGUGGACGCUCUUGCGCACUGGGGACGUCGAGGAACCUCUGCGACCUUAGCAGGCUGAAAGGCGACACAGCUCCCGCCCUCGAGGUCAGCACAGCAGGGUGGCACGAUGUAGCGGCACCGACACAAACCCUGACCUGCGGACUAGAGCACAGCGGGGCUGAAAGGACCCCGAGGGGCGCAGGGGCAGCUGCUCCUCAGUGCAGCCGCGGGUGGGGACUGGGCACUGUCGAGGAUUGGUAAAAUCUACAGAAAACAGCCGUCCUAAGCAAACGGCUGUUGCCUGGGGGUUGUGAGCGGCUUGCCCCUUUCGCUUAGGACGCUCCCGUCACAGUUAAGCGGUGAAGCGCCGCCCCAGCGGGCACUGAAAUGCUCCUGGCCCGUCGGGCCUCAGGCUGUGUGUCAGUGUUCACUUUGCAGCAAAGGAGACGCAGAGGCCGCGGGCCGACUGUGUGCGGCCCUGCUGACCCCUCCGGGCUCUUGGCAGUCGGCCUGACGGGGACCGGGGAGGACUUUCGGGUCAGGGGACGCAGGAAAGCGACCCGCACCUAGUGGCUGCCGCUGAGGACGGUGGGUCCCCGGCGGCAGAAGCGACGCCCUUUCCUGCCCUGCCCAGCGCUCCUGUCCUCACCCGUCCGAGCUCGUGGGCUCGCUGAGACGCGUCUCCUGGGACCCCAUCCGAGUGCACGACAUCCGCUGGAACUUCGAGAAGUUCCUGGUGGGGCCGGACGGGGUCCCCGUGGCGCGCUGGUUCCACCAGGCCCCGGUGAGCGCGGUGAGGGAGGACAU